AUCCAGAGGGCAACUUUUCUUUUAUUUGAGCUUGACACUUCGCCGCGAGCGCACAUACACCGGAAGUAUCGAGUAAGUCAUCACAAGCCCUUCUCUCUCUCCUUCUGCUCAACACAUCGAAAGAUCGACUGAUUUGCCUAGAUCUCGUAUUACCGACGAAAGAGAGCAAAAGAAGAGGAGGAAUUAACAUAUUCGGAGGGUGAAAGAACGACACGAUGUUACCGGAUCUUCGGAUAGAUUUUGCCGAGAAGGGUAUCGUGAUCUACGACUUCGGGGUGCAAAUCGGAUGAAGCGAUUGUCCAAAGGCAAGCUAUGUUUACGUACUCAUUCAGCGCCGAAGAGAAUGCCAAAGACAAGAAUAAAGCCGGUGCAACGACGACUGUAGUGAUAGUGACCUCACCGUAUACCUCGACAAAACUUGGAGAACGCUAAGUUACGCUAAGAUUUUUCGUUCUCGGAGGUAUUUUUCACCUCGAUAGUAUUUUUCCUCCAAAGAUAAGUGUAUCAAACAAAAUUCAACAAAGUCGCCUCAAAGAUUUCACGUUGUUCUCGACGACAAAUGCAACGGAGACUCUAAUAGAAACAUACGCGUAAGUGGUUCAUCAAAGAAUAGCGAAGCGUGAUUACGUCGAGAAACGAACCUCGUCAUUCAGCGAGCGAGCGAGCCGACGCAAUAAGCUGCUACGAGAGCACAGAAUCGAGACACGUAUACGCUCGAUGAUUCGCCCGAUCGCCGCGGAAUAUUAUUGUCCCGGAGUAGUUUUCAAAACGCACCCUCGAAGCAGCAAAACUGGGAGCACUCGAAUCGUACGGAACGUCAAAGGAGAAGCGCCGGUGCCCGGGGCGAGGAGGAGUUCUCGACGCGUGCCAGGCUGCUGAUCACAGGCACCGCGGCGAAAAGAGUAGAAGAGGGACCGGAGAGUACAGGGAGAGAGAGAAAGAGAAAGACGAACGCGGAGAGAGCGAGGGAGAAAGAGCGAGGAAAGAGGAGAAAGAGAAAGGGAGAUAAAGAACGGGAGCAGCCUCAGCAUCAUCUCGAACGAAAGGGUCCUUCCGUUCGGGUGCUAGGGGUGUGCAACCCUGGACGAAGGGUCGCACUCAAUUCUUUUAAAGUGGGCAAACCGCGCAAAGAAGAGAAGACGUCCUCGGGGCGAUGACAGGAUGCCUCCGUCUCGUACAGGACGUGCAUACGAGGGACCGCCGUCCAGGAUCGCCACCAGGAUCGGCCCCACCGUCGCUCUGCUGCUGAUUCUCCUCGAGCAUCGCCGCGCAACUUGCUUAAUGAGCAAUUCCGUGGACAAUUGGGUAAGUGGCAGCACUGUCAUCUGCAACGGCAUUCCAGGAUUGACGAAAGAGCAACGCGAGCUUUGCCACAGAAAUCCCGAUGUUACCGUAGCCGCGAUGAAGGGACUGCAACUGGCCAUAUCCGAGUGUCAACAUCAGUUUACGUGGCACAGGUGGAACUGCUCGUCUCUCACACCCAGCAGCAGAACUCAACAGAGCAGCGUCCUUCUUCAACGAGGCUAUAGAGAGACGGCGUUCGCCUACGCGAUUUCGGCAGCUGGCGUGGCUCAUAACGUGGCUCGUGCCUGCAGCAUGGGUCGCUUGCUUCCCUGCAGCUGCGAUCCUUCGAGCUACAGGGAUAAAACGUCGACGAAUACCGGAGACGUCCAAUGGAAGUGGGGUGGUUGCUCUCACAACCUCGAAUACGGCAUGGAGUUCUCGAAACAGUUCCUAGACACGCGGGAGAAAGCUGGCGACAUACAGUCUACGGUGAAUCUUCACAACAAUCAAGCCGGUCGUUUGGCGUUGGCGAACAAUAUGCAGAUACGCUGCAAGUGCCACGGUAUGUCCGGGUCGUGUGAAGUAAAAACCUGCUGGAAAAUCGUCCCGGAUUUCCGGGUAAUCGGUAAAACCCUGAAGGAUCGUUUCAGGAACGCCGUAUUGGUGACGCAGAGCAAUCUGGGCGAAGUGAUACCGUCGAACAGGAUUCGCGGAUCGCGUCGGAAACAAAAGCAAAAGAAGCAUCGCGGGGGCGGCGGCCGCAAGCGAAAACUCCGGGAUCUUCCCAAACAGCUCUACUACUACCAGAAAUCGCCGAAUUUUUGCGAGCGGGACCCAACGAUCGAUAUCGCUGGCACCGCUGGUCGUAGAUGCAACAAGACCAGCACCGGCGGCGACGGAUGCGCUAGUCUGUGUUGCGGCAGAGGCUACAACGUGGUGCGACAGCGGCGAACAGAGCGGUGCAGAUGCAAGUUUCACUGGUGCUGCUACGUACAAUGUCAGAAUUGCACGGUGGAGGAGUGGAUCACGGUUUGCAAAUGAGGUGAAACGUGAAAUGAGGAAACGAAAAACAAAAUAUAAAAGUCUAAGACUGACGGAAAGCGAAUUUUUUUUCUUCCCUUCCGCGAUCGAGUUGACGAGAAAGAUAAAGUGACACAUCGUUGGUUCGAUAAGAGAAGAAAUUCGCUCCGGACAUACGUCGAAGAUGCGCGCACGACGAGGCUAUUUGGUCACAAAAAUCGAUCAAGAGACACAUAAGGAAGAUUAAUAAUACGAUUCUUAUUGGAACCAGGAUUAUCAGGCACAAAUUUCUCCUGGACUAUUACGAUAUCGGAGUACUUAUCUGCUAACCACGAAUCUCUGCGAAUCUCUGCGAAUGUACUAGGAAAGUAAUAAUCUUUGUUAGCAAAAUUAAAUCGAUUUCUAUGAAGACCAAGGAGUCUUUAAACGCGAUGAUAAUUAUUGUAAUUAUAAUUGAACAAUGCAAUUUUUUACUUGUCAACAUAUUCGUCCUGUUUCAAAAUAGUCUUUAUGAUAGAACAGUGUAUUGAUUGCACUUUUUCGAAAAUUUAUCUUAAUUCUCAUGGAGAAAGUACAUUUUUAUGCGGGAUUUCUAUGUUAUCAAAAAGUCCAAUCUUGGAUUAUGCGUAAGUAAUUCUUGAUGUAGCAAAAAGUCACGCGAAACACUGACUGACAUAAAUCGUGUUCUAGUAAACGUCGAUUACGGAAAUUAUACUUCGACUUACCAAUCAGCUACGAACGAUUGGAUUGAGUAACGAAGAAACAUGAAUCAAUCGCAAAGGUCCAAUCGCAUUAGAAGAGAUCUUGCGCAAACAAAAACUAUUCCGUAAUGGCGUGAGUAAUAUAAAAUGAUCCAUAGGCUAAGUAAACUUAUAAUUUAUUUAUAACAACGCUCUAUUUAAUUAAUAUUUAAUUUUAUAACUUCUAUGUUAACUGUAAAACCUCCAGCACAGUAUUAUUAGACGAAAGACGUGUCCUGUUUGACGGACACGAUUGUACACAAUUUAAUAAUGCGCGUACAAUAAAGAGAGUUCCUUCAAACAAUACCCUAUAUUGUAUCCAUUUUCAGGU